AUGAUUAUGGACGAUAAUAUAAGAAAUAUAUGUAAGAAAGAGCAGAACGACAUCUCGGCGUUAUCUGAGGAACAGCCAUCCACUUCGGCAAGUUCGAAUUCAGCUAUUACUGAAUCUGUUAAGCAACAAGAACGAAGUCGUAAAAUUCAUAUCGCAGUUGCUGGAUGUUCACAUGGAGAAAUGGAUAAAAUUUAUGCAACACUGGCGGAGAUCGAACGACGGGAAGGUUAUAAAUUCGAUUUGCUCAUUAGCUGCGGUGAUUAUGAGGCAGUCCGAAAUUUUGGUGACUUAAAGCAUAUGCAUGUACCUGAAAAAUAUCGACAUUUGCAAAGCUUUCAUCGCUAUUACUCCGGCGAAUUAGAAGCACCAAUCUUAACAAUUUUUGUUGGGGGAAAUCAUGAAGCAUCGGGUUAUCUGCAAGAAUUGCCUUAUGGUGGAUGGGUCGCACCAAAAAUUUAUUAUUUGGGACAUGCAUCUGUUGUACAGUUUGCGGGGCUUCGAAUUGCUGGCCUAUCGGGCAUCUUUAAUAAAAAUGACUAUAAUAUGGGUCAUUGGGAACGUCCGCCAUUUACCGAUCAUGGUGCAGUUGUUUCUGCUUAUCAUGUACGUUCUAUUGAUAUAUUUCGCCUUAAGCAGUUGAAACCGAGGGAUCGGAAUGAACCGCCAAUCGAUGUAAUGGUAACACAUGACUGGCCAGCAGGCAUCACAGAUUAUGGCGAUGUUAAGCAAUUGCUAAAGUUGAAACCAUAUUUUGAAGAAGAUUUGAAAAAGAAUGCGAUUGGAAAUCCUGCUUCUAUGACAUUACUACAUGUACUAAAGCCGCGCUACUGGUUGGCAGCCCAUAUGCACUGUUUUUUUGCAGCUUUGGUACCUCAUUCGAAUAAAAAUGAUCCUGAAAAUGAUUUUGAACCAACUAGAUUCCUAUCAUUGGAUAAGCCAAUGCCACGAAGGCAUUUUCUGCAGGCCUUAGAAUUUGAUGUUAAUCAAAAUGUUUCGCUAAAUCUAUCAUAUGAUCCUACAUGGUUAGCAAUUCUGAAAGCAACAGACGCUCUUACAUCGGUAGACAAAAGUAAUACCUAUAUGCCGUCACAACAUACUCGCAAUGAGCGUUGGGACUUCAGACCGACAAAAGAGGAAUUGGCAAAAGUGAAAGAAAUAUAUGGUGGGAAUUUUACCAUUCCAAUGAAUUUCAAGAUGACGGCAUGGCCACAUAAAACAAACGGAACAGGCGAUAGUUCUCAAGAAUUGUAUUACAGGAAUCCUCAGUCAACAGAAUUCUGUGCAAAACUUGGAAUCAAAGAUUUAAAUGAAAUGCUUUGUUCACUUUCAAUGAAUGGACUCGGUAUUCCAUAUUACAUUAACGGGAAUGACGAUUCGGAAAGCGUUGUUCUGGAAGACAGGACUCUUGAAAAAAAAGAGGAUUUCGACGAUAAAAACGAUUUCAUUAUUGACACUAAUCCACUACCCAAAUCGUUAUUACUGGAAGAUUUUAAGACACCCGCUUUUACGUCGUUGUUUAUUAGGAAUGAUGAUGAAGGAUUACAACUUACCGGCUCGGAAAUUUUUCGGUGA